GGUGUGUGUGUGUGUGUGUGUGUGUGUGAAGAAAGCAGCAGUACGCUUGCGCAUGGCAGACGAAUAAAACAUUACGGAAACGCAGUAGGAUUCAGAGAAGCUGUAGUCCGUGAUUCUUAACGGAUGCAGCACACAAGUGAGCACAUGUCACAGGACACAGUAACCAGUGUGGACUGCAAAAAGAGAGUCUUCCUCUGGACAGUGCAAGAGGUGCACGGUUGGGUGAAGCUGCAGUUCCCUUCUUGUGAGACUUCCUUUCUGCUUGCAUUUGUAAAUCAUGCUAUAUCAGGCCGUGCACUUCUGAGACUGACAGACAGCAAGCUGGAAAGAAUGGGGAUUGUGCAGGAGCAGCAGCGGCAUGACAUUCUACAAGAGUUGCUUCCACUGCGAGUCGAGGAAGAGCUGGAUAAUCUGAAUGAAAUAGUCUCCAAGUGUUUCUUUACACUGUGACGCUAUAUGUGACCCGAGUGAAGAUGGAGACUUUGUCCAAGAGCUGAAAAUGUUAAACCUUUGAAUCACAGCCCUGGAAUUCUACAUGCUUAACAACUGUCUCCAUGCUUCAGUAGCACAGUUUUCAGCUUUCAGCUACUGGGAUUUGCAUAGUGUUUAUUGAUACAUUGUUUUGAGGCUGGUUUAUGUAAUUGCUACACCAAUACUAACAUAUGGAGUAAAAUCCCACAUAACGGAAUGAAAUGCAUCCUGCGGCUGGAAUUAAUGCCAGUAUCACAGAUAAUGAUGUGGGAUGGGUAAUGGCUAGGUCCCUGGUGGUUACCGUACUUUUAUCUGGCAAAGAAUAUGAGUGGACCAAAUGAAAAAGCUUGUGUGUGUGUGUACAAGUGGGAGUGAUGGCUAUGAAAUAUAAUUAAAAUAAAUAAAUAGUUAUAAAUAGCUAUAUAAUUACAUUGCCUUCAGUGCAGUUAUUCAGAGUGCAGUUUUUUUUUGCACAUUUGGCUUAUAUGCACACUUCUCCUUAUUUUGGUUUCUUUGACUCUUGCCUACCAACUCUGGAGACAGCUUUUGACUGUCGACAAUGUAGAGAGAAGCCCAGCAUUCGGAGAGAGCAGCUGCUGGUAUUUAUACUCCUACACCCCCCCUUUCAUCUAAGCAAUCUGAGAGACCGACUUGUGCUUCGAACUGUCUCGUUCCAUCACUAAGAACAAACAGCACAACCUGCAAUUUUCUUUUUACAGACUCAUUUAUUUGUUUGUUUUGGAGCUUAUCAUUCAACUGGUUAUGAAAGACGGGGCUGGAGAACGAUACUGAUAUCUCCACUAAACUCUGCAAGUGCACCUGAAUCAUGACCUGAAUGGCCAUUUCGCCUGGUGGGGUGAUUGCACCGAAUUAAAGAGUGUGAUUAAUAUCCUGUUUCAGAGAUGCAAGGCACUCGAUUUCCUCCUUUUCAGGGCACCGGUGCAUCAAGAAACCGCUGACUCAGAUUAAAUGUAAAUAUACCUCGGGGAGAGACACUUAAUCAUAGCUGACAGCAAGAGGGCCGCUGAAUACUCAGAAGAUGAGGAAAUCUGGCUUUUAUUAUGGAAUUGUGCUCCAAUGUAAGCUGAAAUUCAAACAUCGAAGAAAAUAAAAUGUUCUUUUUUUAUUUUAUUUUUAAUAACACAAAAAUGUACUGGCAUUUCAAAAAUUACAUGAGCUGCUUGCACCAAGUCAACAAAAGGUUGUUAAUGGGUGACAUAACUAAUUUUUGGAUCAAUGGAAAUUGCUACACACUGUAAAUAUAGUCUACCAUAUAUAUAUAUAUAUAUAUUGCAUUAUUAAAUGUACCCCCAUUCCCAUCAUCCUU